AUGGAUAGGCUAAGAAGCAUUAGAGAAGAUGCAUAUACGAGCCCUAGCUUUAACAGCUAUUCAACUGACAGAUUAGCCGAAAUCGCCGUGCAAAUCGCCGCCGAGAAGAGCGGAGACGACAACGAAAACGAUGACGAUUUCGAAUUCUCUCUGGUGCGCGAGGAUAAGGAGUUCUCCGCUGAGAAUUUCGUCUACGACGGCCCGAUCUAUCCGGUCUUCAACCGCGAUCUCCUUCUCCGCGACGGCGGCGGAGGCGGAGGCGGAGACGGAGACGAUCAGUGCGAAUCCAGUAUUAAAGUUCCGCUGAGUCAGCUCCUCCUUGAAGAUCGCCGCGGCGGAAACGAAAACAAUCCUCCGUCGUGCUCGUCGUCGGAAGCCGACGAGCUGGAGAGCGUCCCCGCCGGCACGUACUGCGUCUGGUGCCCGAAUCCGCCCGAUCUGCCGUCUCCGACGCGGUGUAAGAAGAGCAGGUCCACCGGAUCCGCGUCGACGCGGUGGAAGUUUCGAGAUCUGAUGCGGCGGAGCAAGAGCGACGGCAAGGAGAGUUUGGUAUUUCUGACGCCGAAGAACAGAGACGAGAAAUUGCCAGCGGAAAUUCCGAAGAAAUUGAAAGGAAAAGGAGGCAAUAGCUCUGGAUCCGGUGCGACGGCGCGUUCGGCGCACGAAGCGCUGUAUGUGAGGAACAGAGCGGUGAAUGAAGUCGAUAGGAAGAAAUCGUAUCUGCCUUACCGGCGAGAUCUCGUGGGAUUCUUCAUAAACGCCAACGCUCUGGCUAGAGGUUUUCCACACUUCUAG